AUGGUCGCGGUGCGCUAUCUGAUUCCUGUUGGUAUCUUAAUUUUGCUGGUGAAUGCUGCUCCUAUAGACGAUAACAGUUUAGCAACAAUAAUUGAAAAUGAGUACACAAUCGAUGCAAAAGGAAAUUACAGAUUCAGAUUUGUGGCAUCAAAUGGCAUAACGAGGGAAGAAUCAGGAACGAUUGUUAACGACGAUCAACCUAAUGAACAUAUUUUAGUUAUUGGUCGAUAUAGUUACUUUAAUCCAGAGGGACUAAUAGAAAUGGUUGAAUACAGAGCUGACGAUAAUGGAUACACUAUUUUGCCGCCGAGACCGGAGAUAGACAAAGUAACAGCGGUUUCAAGUCUACCUGCGAACGCAGUUGCAUCGCUACUUGGAAAAUAA